AUGAAUCAGUGCUGGUGGUUUCUGAGUCUCCUUGUAUUUGUGAGGGCAGUAUCUCACUUGGAACAGCAGUGGCACUCGUGGAAGGAGAGGCACGGGAAGUUGUACAUGGACAUUGAGGAGGAGCACCAACGUCGCAACAUCUGGUUGGAUAACUUGGACAAAAUCGAGAAGUUCAACAACGGUGCCACAGGCAACUUUAGUCUGGCCAUCAAUCAGUUUGCCGAUUUGGUAAAGAACCAGGGGUCUCACUGCAAGCAGUCGUCAUGGGCAUUCAGUGCUGUAGCAGCCAUAGAGGGUCAGUACUACCGAGAGACCGGACAGCUGGUGACACUGAGCGAGCAGCAACUCAUCGACUGCACCACGGGCUUCGGAAAUGCCGGUUGUCACGGCGGUCGCAUGAUCAACUCAUUCAAGUAUGCCAUCAAGAACGGCGGUCUCUGCCAGGAGUCCGACUAUGACUACCUCGGCUACAAAUGGCACUGUAUGUCAGAGUACUGCAGCAGUGUGGCACACUGUGUGGAUUACACGAGGGUCAAGAUUGGCUCAGAGGUCGCCCUCCUGGAUGCCAUCUAUCGUGCUGGGCCAGUCAGUGUCGGCGUAGACGCUACAAACUACCACUUUCAGUUCUACAGUGACGGAGUUUAUGCCGAGUCUGGUUGCAACAGUCACAGUCUCAACCACGGCAUGCUACUGGUCGGCUAUGGGGUCACCUGGGGCACGUCGUGGGGUGACAGGGGCUACAUGAAGAUUGCUCGCAACAUGAACAACAUGUGUGGAGUGGCCACUGCAGCCAGUUACCCCACCGUGAAGCAGUCGGACUAA